AUGAUACAAAGAAUAUUAUUGUUGUUCCUCUUGACUCUGGUUGCGCUCAUCUCCACAAUCCCACUCUCGCAUGCGCGGAUUUCUUUGUUGGUAACCGUAUCGCCACCCUACGAUCCUUGGCGAUGCAUUCCGGACCUUGAGCUCGAAUUAAGCAAAAAAACGCUUCACGAUGCUGCGAAGUCCGCAAAGUGUGAUGCCACAAAGAAAGUACUUGCCCGCAUCGGGGCUCCCUUCAUCGUGCACACCGAUAAUCCCGAUCAGAUGCAAUGCCUACUCGACCUACUUUUAUUUGGUGAUCUCGAGAAGGGUAUUUGUUCUUCGCCUAACCCCCUAUUUCAUUUAUUCCCGAAGUUUGGCAUCCUAGCAGGGCUGAAUCAACGAUACGGGCUUGAGCGUUUAAAAUCGUUCGAGCUCGUCGCGUUACCAGAUGCGUGGAGGAUCUCCAAAGACCCAUUCACACCUCACACAACCCUAGAAGCGGCGGAUAAAUUUAUCGCAGCUUUGCCGAGUGUGAACCCUCCAGGCAUAAUCCAAAUCAAGCUUCCAGCGAGCCUUGAGGGUGACGAAAAGGCGCACCCGCACAACUUUUUCAUCCCAUUAGCGGAUAUAAGUAUUACGGAAGGUCCGUCAAGCGACUCACGGUGGAUUCAUUUUGAUUAUACAGGGCCCCGUGAGCGAUUUCAACUCCAACGGAGGAUUCGAACAAAGCGCCUCGACAACCCUCAAAAGGAUCCUGCGCAGGAAGCAGCAGUAUCGCCACUGCCGAAUCACUCAACCUGGGAUUGGGAAUCCCAUUUAGAAUUUACCAAACCAUUUUCAGAUUAUCAAAGCCAUAAAACUCUCAAGGCACCAAAAGGAGAAUCGACCGCCUGCAUAAAGCUCACACGCGCGUGGCGAACCCUGCGAGAACAACAGGCUCUGAGCUCCGACACCCGCAUGGUCCAACUGCGUCGGCUGCUGAAAAGUUCCCACUGCAAUCACGAGGAGAAUGUGGAGGAAGAAGACGAGGAGAAGGCCGUUAUUGACGAAAAGACUGCGGAAACAUGCGUAAAUUUUUGUCAAGCCCUUCAGGAGACCCGUGAGUGGGGGCGUCGGACCGGACAACUGAUUACCACCGCACAAAGUUUCGCUAUUUUCUCCUCUUUGUUCGCGGGGGAUUUAACGACAACAACGCAGUCCUCAAGUUUUUCUAAUUGGUGGGGUUUCGGUACUUCACCGCAGAAUGAUAAAUUUGAUAAUGAAGCUUUUCUGAUACGAACGAAGGACUUCAUUCACCAACAGAGGUAUAAACGGUGCCCUUGUAAUGUUUCCCGUGCCGAACAAGGCGAAUUCCUAUAUCUAGCUGCACUUUUUCAACUCCUGCAACUUCCAGGAAGUGCCAAUACCACUCCACAGACGCAUAUAACUGAGGAAUAUCAUAGCCUACCUAGUGCCCGUGCGGUUGUGGAUUUAUACCAAGCCAUGUGGUAUGAAUCCCCUCACGCGACGGCGACUUUGGCUACGCUGCGGGAACAUGGCAUCCUCACAAGACAGCACCAGAAGGCUGCUCUAUCUCUUUUGCUUCGUUCGAUGCGCGGGAAGUCAUCGUUUAUAUUUCGUCAGCUCUUUCGCCACCGGAAGCAGAUUAACAGUGCUGCAAUGCAAAAAACGAACAGAAGCGACGGGUUCAAUAGGGACUCUCCGGUAGAGCUCCUUCUGAGGCAGGAGCGCUUCUAUGCCAUACUGAACACUUUCGGGAACAUCAAUUAUCCUGUCGCUUCUCGGAAGAGUAUCGAAUCGAUAUUAUCAAUGGGUGAUUCAGACCCCUACAACCCCGACGAAUUUAACCUGGGAGGUAAUGCCGAUGAUAUCCUCUCAGAGGAAGAAAAUAGAGAUGUGGCCUCUGGUCGUGAGGUAGGCCAUCUGUCAGCUCGAGCAGCCAACCAGCUUAUCAAAGCCAGUAUCUUGAUGACAGGCCCCAUAGGCGUCAAGCAAGACUUGGAAGAAGCUGAGUGUAUACUCCUGACAAUACUCCGGAAGUUCGGCUACCUCUGUGAUAUGGAUCUCUUGAACAGGAUGGAGCUCAACAAAGCGAGUGAAAAAUCGAAACACCAUCGUUCUCGCCUUUACAAGGGCAUCUGCGGGGAACACCGAGUUGAGCUUGGCGAUCUUUUCUCUAACCCCUCACGUCCUCGCAUUAGCUGUCCUUCCUGGUUUCAAAUAGAACAUAAAGAGACAACAAAAUCCAUCACAUUACCAGUUCCACGGGCGAAAAAGAACUACAAUACGCUACAACGAACUCUGAUGUUGCUCAGCUACCUUUAUCUACUGAAGAAUCAAGAAUACGAGCUCGUCGCCGCGUAUGCGAGCUUGUCGGUCUAUCUUUCCGAUGCCGCGCAUAAAGUCGCUUAUGCGGACCUACGGCCUAAAGUUCUUCACCAGCUCCAGGAGCUGCGCGCGGCUCACGAAGCGACCCCCAACGGCACCGGAUCCCACCCACCGGGUGAAACCCGCCAAUUCGACCCCACGAAACUCCAUCGCCGUCUUCAGAACUGGGGCGAGAUCAAGCUAGCGCGCGGUGUCGGCCACCACCUUCCCUACGACGCCUUCCAAAGCCAAACCCCCCCGUUGGCCUUGGUGGACUCCCCCAUUGCGGCCAUAGGCCAGCCCAUGACCCUCUUGGCGGUGUGUGCGCUGUUGGACCCUGUUGACACGGCCCCCAGCGGACCUGGGGACUUCUCCCGCGGGGCUUCUGUCACACCUCGGGUGUCCGCGUCCAUGUGGCACGUGAACCACCUUUUCCGCCACGUCUUUCAGGUGCCCUUUGGCCAAUCCCCACAGGAGACGGCCUUCUUGCUGUUACUGACCGCGAUGAAUCAAUGGCGGCGGACCCUGUACGAGAUGAACCUCUUGGACCAAACCUAUCUGUCCAUCCACACAAUCGACGCCUUCGUUGUGAUGAGUUGGUUGGUGGAAAACUUGACCGAGGGGGAUCCGGGGGUGGUGGCUAGGGCGAUCCCGGGGGGUUCAUCUCAGCUUCACACCCUUUCCCUCCUCGCGCUCAGAGGGUAUGGGCGUUUGGUCGGCCGGAGGCACACGCACCUCCCCCGGGGCGACGACUCGACGCGGUCCUACGCACGUCGGGUCCUGGCCUUCGCCGUGGCCAACCUCCAUGGCGGGGAGUCCGCGGCGGAGCUGCUUUUUCGCGGCCUCGCGGCCCCCGAGUCUUGGCCGGACGGGUUGGCCUCCCGGCGCGCUGUUUUGCGACUUCUCCGGGAGGGGCGGCGGCGAGAUUUCGACCCGGCGCGGUUGCGGCCCCUUCUUGCCGCGCGCGACGUCGACGCGUAUGUCGCCGCGGCGAACUGGACGUGGGUCUCGUGGGUGGGUGACCGUCUCGGGAACGCAGUCCUUUAUCUCUUCACAGAGACCACCCACGAAGCCCUCUUGCGGGAGCUCGGGCUUAGUAUUUUGACACCGCCGUGGACGGCGGAUCCGGCAGGGCGCGCAAGGGAGAGCCCCGCGGCGUUUGUGGGGAAGUUUCUCGACGCCUUCGCCGCCUCACCUGGGAUGCGAGAGAUGAGCAUAGCGACUUGGCUCCUCGCGACGACAUUGGAAUCCGGCGAGGCGACCGGGUUCGCGUUGAUCUUUUACGAGGCGGCGGAGAGGCGGAAUCGGUUUAUGGCGCCUUUCGCGGAUUACCUCGCACAAGAGGUUUGGGAUAACGCCACGACGGCUCGGAUGUGGGGAGAACAUCACCGAAUUGCCCAGUGGCAUCGCGAAAAGUCGCGCCUGCGGGGUCAGAGUACCGCCUUAUCGCUCAACGGACACUCCCCUUUUCGCUAUAACGCGGCGGAGUCCCGACAGGAGUUCAUGGCGUUUAUUGACAGAUGGAGCGCAAAGCGAUUGAUCCAAAAAGCGAGGAUGGCUUCGAAUAGCUCGAACGGGCAGCGAAGAAGCUCACGGCAGCUGCUGGACGAUGCCAAAACCAUUCUCCUGAGAUGCACGAGCCAGAUUAUCUACAACGUCGCAAUGAAUCGUUCAACCACCCCAACGUAUCCGAGGGAUCCUACCGAGGCAACGGGAGGGAAAAGUGGCUCCAGGUGUGGUGGUAAUGAUGAGUUGAAGUGGUUAGAGAAUAUUUCCUCUACGCUAUAUGAUAGUAUGUUGUUUCCUGCAGGCGACCCGCAAUGCGCCUUGGAUCUUUAUUCACUCUUAGGGGAUAUGUAUGGGAAUUGUUUUACCGCGCAAAUGAGACGCAACUUCAUGACAUAUGUUGUGGGGGAUUUGGUCAACCGUUUAGCCUAUUAUUACAAUUUCACUGCAAACCUGUCAUCGAAGGACGUGCUACCACUCUCAAGUACAAUUCUUGAAGAUGACGACUUGCGUAAUAAAAACCCAUUAAAAAGGGGCAAGAGUGGCAUGAAUAGCGAUGACGAUGAUGGGGAACAUUAUGGUUCUUCCCUCGAAAGGGAGUUUUUGGUGGAGCCGUGGAAUCGAAUCGGAGUGAAGCUUGGGGAGGAGAUGCCAAUAUCACUUGAACGUGGCGAAGGAAUGGUUUAUAACCUCCGUCUGCAUCGAUUGACUGGGAUUCGGUGGGGUGCCAAAGCAAUAUCGCUUUGGAAUAACCUGAAAAUUUGGUUUAGAUGGAAUGCCUGA